UUCGAAUGCAGGAGUGUCAUAGAAUUGACAGAUUUUUUACGUGAAUACAAAAUUUUCUUUUGUGAAACUAUAAUGAGUAGAAAAAAAUCGAAGUUGUAAUGAAAUAAAUACUAGAAAAUAAAGAAUUAUUUUUGUAAAUUGAUAAUAAAAUAAAAACUUUCUGAUGCAAACAUAAAAAGCAAUAAUGUUUGAGUGGUUUUAUUGGCAAAUUGAUGCAGUGGUCACAUAAAAGUGCAGUGCAUCCAUAAGAAAAUACAUAAGAACAGAGUAGAAAAGUUUGACACACAUUCAAAUCUACACAGACAUUUAUAUUUUUAUAAAAUUAAGGAGGAAAAAAUAGAUUUAAAAUUUUAUUUUUUAUUUUUGUAACUCCUAAGAAUUAAAAGGAGCAACAAAAUGAUGCUCUCAUCGAUAAAUAAUUCAUUUGAGCAGGACACUCAUGAUACGGAUGCGAACUGCGAUGGGCCAGAUUUGGAUUUUGUGUACGCAGACAUUGAUACAUACCAAAAUGAAAUUGCCGAACUGUACAGCUAUACGGAGUUCAGUGAAUUCCAGCAAAAUGUUAAGGCAUUCGAAGAUCAGAUGGAAAUGUAUGAUUUGCCACCCAAUUGGCAGAAAUUGGACUCAAGUGCCCAAAGGGGUAUUGUAAUGAAGUUAAUGGACCAGUUGGAGGUUUCGAAUCGAUCUUUUCGUAUGCAAGCUGCGAGAUGUAUACUUUAUUUGGCCCAAGGAUGUUGGGCAGAAGUUCAGUCGGAUGAAGAACAACAUCAGAAUACAAGAGAGAAUGUGAUUGUUCUCUAUGAAUUAGGAAUUUUUUCAUCAUUCAUAGAUCUGCUGAAUAUGGAGAUUGAGAGUGCUUGUUCACCCGAUAUAGUGGCUGUAAAAAUUACCAAUGUCACCCUUGCCGACUCGGCAGAUCUGCGUGUUAUAUUAUCAGUACUUUAUACUAUCACCGAAACAAUUCGUAAUGAGAAAGACAAGGAUAGCGAAGACUAUCGAAAGAUAGCUGAAUCAUUUGUGCAAGACAUAAACAGUCCUUUACCAGAUGGAGAACUGCUUUCGGUAAAGCUUCUAGGAAUGAUUACUCGUUUCUGUAGCGGGGCUGCACCCCAUUUUCCAAUGAAAAAAGUGGUGUUGUUGCUUUGGAAAAUAUCACUAAUGGGUUUAGGCGGCAUGGAAGUGCUAAAGAAUCUCAAAAACGAAUAUCGGAUUAAAGCUGGCUUAGAACCGAUAACCGAAGAUACUCUGGAAGUAACCAAAUGCAUGCGGGCUAGUUCUCCUCCCGCCACAGCAGCUGAUUACUUGGACAAUCAAAACCUGAAGCGCAAUGCCUUCAGAAGGUCUUUAAUGAAACAAAGAUUUCUGGAUGAACAGGAACAAAUGGAUAUGGAGAUGACACCCGGAAAUGAAAGUGCUCCAAAUGGAGGAAACAAUGGUUCUGGCAAUGGAGGUGGUAAUGGAGGCAACCAAAAUGGUGAGGAUGACUACUAUCGGCCCUUUGAAGAUCCAUCUUCCACCACUUCUUCAUCUGGCAUUUCAACUGCAAAUCCCAAUAAUUUGCCCAGUUAUAGUGCACAACCUUCAGUGCAAGCUCCACAAAUAACCACUUGUUUGCCCUGGACUCCAAAAGUACGCCAGAAGGAUAUUGAUCAAUUCUUAGAUAUAUCACGCAAUAAGUUUAUUGGCUACUCCCUGAUCGACGAUCAUGAAAGCUUAGCUGGUCUGCCCCAGCCUAUACAUGAAGGCGUCGAGACACUAAGGCGUCACAUGUACGUAAGUCUCGCGGAUAUUCAAAUAAAAAAGGAGGAAGAUAUCGCCCGAAAUCCUAUAUCCACUCAAGAGGAUGAAAUUCAAAUGACUCCAGCAGAAGUUCUCUAUCAGGCAAUCCUACCGAACUUGCCGCAAUAUAUGAUUGCACUGCUAAAAGUUUUACUGGCUGCUUCGCCAACUUCCAAGUCAAAAACCGAAAGUAUCAAUAUCAUGGCAGAUGUUUUGCCUAAGAAAAUGCCACUCACAGCCACGCAAUCCACCAAACUGACAGUUGACAUGGGUCGUCACAAGGAGAUUAUUGUGAAAGCUGUUUCAGCCAUUAUAUUGCUGUACUUGAAGCAUUUUAAAUUGAAUCACAUCUACCAGUUCGAAUUCAUGUCACAACAUUUAGUUUUCGCCAACUGUAUUCCGUUGGUUUUGAAAUUCUUUAACCAAAACAUCACUGAAUUUGUCAGCAUGAAGAACACAAUUCCAUUAUUGGAUUUCCCAUCGUGUGUGAUUGGAGAACAACCCGACUUGUCGGGCGAAAGUUUCGUUUAUAGUGGUGAUGUCACAGACAAGCCAUAUUCGUGGAGAAAUGUAUUCUCUUGCAUUAAUCUGUUGCGUAUUCUAAAUAAACUUAUCAAGUGGAAACAUUCGCGUGUCAUGAUGCUGGUUGUCUUCAAAUCUGCGCCCAUUCUAAAAAAAACCCUUAAGGUUCGACACGCAAUGAUGCAGCUAUAUGUUUUGAAACUAUUAAAAAUGCAAACAAAAUAUCUGGGACGACAAUGGCGUAAAUCAAACAUGAAGACAAUGAGUGCUAUUUACUCGAAAGUACGUCAUCGCCUCAACGAUGACUGGGCAUUUGGCAAUGAUUUGGAAUCACGUCCAUGGGACUUUCAAGCGGAAGAGUGCACUUUGCGUGCAUGUGUAGAUAGAUUCAAUUUGAGAAGGUAUCCCGAAGCCACCCAAAAGUGUGGAGCAGGCGGUAACAAUGGAAACUCCGCCAAUAAUUCAGAUAACUCUUCAUCUGGCAAUGUUGCUAGUGGAAACGUUGAUGGCAACGGUGGUGGUGGUAAUGGAGGCGUUGGUUAUACAUCGGGCGCGACAGGCAAUGGUAUAGCUUCAGGAGUCGGUGGACAGUUGCAGGAUUAUGGCAUUGAGGGUGGUUUCCCAAGUGAUGAAAUUCUAACACAUUCAGACUUUGCAUUCUUCGGCCAUUCUGGAUGGUGGGAUCGUAAGGUUGAAUUGACCGACUAUUUUAAAGCAAAUUAUUCGCUUUGGUUGGAAGAGGAAGUCUACAACAAUCAAACCGAUUGGGAUGCUCUCUAAAAUAAAUAGACACAAUAUGAUUCUUAAUAUUUCGUGUUUAUAUAUGGCCCACAAAACAGUUAAAAUAUUAAAAAUAGAUCAACUGUAGAAAAAUUUAGCGUAACCACUUUAUAAGCAAUUUUUUAUCACAAAAAUAAAAUAGGAGCAACACCAAUUAUUUUAAUUUUUAUUGAAUGGUAUAAACUACAUAAUAUAUUGGAACAUACAAAUUUAUGUACACAACAUGUUGGAUUUUAAAUAAAUUAUCCUGUAAGGACUACCUAGAGUAAAGUACAUGUGAAGUGGAUACAUUCUAUUCAAUAAUUUAUUUGAUGUCAUGUUUGUUGGAAAAUGUCAGUAAAGUCUUGAGACGGUGAUCAUUUGUAGAAUAAACAUCAAAGGUCUUAAUAUUAAUAAAAACGAACUACUAAACAACUCGCUACUAAA